AUACAUAUAAAGUACCGUCUUUUAGUCAUUGAUUAGAAUUAUGAAAAGAUUGAACUAUAUAUAUACAUAGUUCAAGAAAUUAAAAUCAAAGAGGUUGGGGAAAAUAACACUCUUCUUGUGAUGACCAUGUUGAGAUCUCUAACAACAAGAAAAAGCCCACAUGCCUAUGAGCAAUUGACAAGAGAGAAUGAAGGGGCUGCACAUGAUCUGUUUGAGCCAAAGCUGAGCAGAACCACAAGCGUCCAACCUGCUAAAACUGGAGUCUUUAGCAGUUCUUCAUCCAAGAGAUCGACAGAAUCUCCGGCGAAAGCUCAGGCCAAACAAGCGGAGAAGGCCAGCAAGAUUCACCCGAUUUUCAGCCUCUUCACCUCCGGCCAAAAGAGGAACAAGGGCGUGGGACCCACCGCCAGGCCGGAGUUCUCCAGGUAUUUGGAGUAUCUUAAGGAAGGUGGGUUUGGGGGUGCCUUAGACAUGGCUGCUGCGAAAUCAAGUAUGUCUGCAAAAUGAAAGAUUUGAUUAAUUUCUUGGGUUUCUUUCCCGGCCGGGCUGUAAAUUAUUAUUUCUAUGUUCUUGAUGAUCUUGAUGGUCGGCCGAUGAGAGGUUGAGGGUUAAGGAAUACCCGUAUUUGUUUAUGCCUUUCACCACCUUUUAAUUACUGUAAUUCAUAUAGUAAUAAUAAUACAUUCAUCCUUCAAAAAGGGUAAAUUAAAAAAUGUUCUUUGUGUCUGUGUAAUUGGGUGAAAAUUCACUUUGAUUGUCUCUGUUUUUCUUGAAAGAGAUUGUCUCUGUUUAUUACUCUACCU